AUGGGACAAUUGCCAUCCGCUCGGGUAAGACCAUCUAAAGCAUUCUUACACACUGGAAUAGACUACGCUGGGCCAGUAACACUGAAGACUUUCCAAGGUCGAGGUACCAAAACUUAUAAAGGAUGGAUCGCUGUGUUUGUAUGUCUCGCUACGUCCGCUAUACACAUUGAAAUUGUCACCCAUUACUCUACUGACGCUUUCGUCACAGCAUUUACAAGAUUCACUAGUCGAAGAAGCGCCUGCAGUAUCCUAUACUCGGACUGUGGUACACAUUUUGUAGGAGCAGACGCUACGCUAAAGAAAGAAUUCGCAGCAGGAUCAAGACAGCUAAAAGAACAGUAUUUACUCACUACAGAUGGCACAGACUGGAAGUUCAACCCACCAAGUGCUCCCCACUUUGGUGGCAAGUGGGAAGUAGCCGUAAAGUCAAUCAUGUUCCAUCUCAUACAAACCAUUCGUGAAUCGCUAUUGACUUACGACCAGCUCGCCACAGUCUUAACACAGAUUGAGGCUAUGUUAAAUUCAAGACCGAUCGCUCCGCUAUCUGAAGAUCCUGCAAAUUUAACCACUCUAACUCCUGGACAUUUUCUCAUCGGUAAACCGCUAAUCGCUGUACCUGGGCCCUCGCUACUGGAAAAUAAUUUAGCUUCGUUGUCACGCUGGCAAUAA